AUGUACUCUAACAGAUCGCAAUCCUAUAAAAAGAAUGAUUCAUUGAAACUUUAUUCUGUCAGUCCAACUGAAUCUCAACUUUAAGAAUCAGAAUAUAAAUAUUUACCUUUGAUAUCAAGAGUUAGUUAAGAAUAAUUAGACCCAAAAUGGUAGGAAUGCAAAAUAGAAGGUAAAAAUCUUUAACCUAGAUCGAAUUCAGCAAUAACUGUAUUAAAUAAUCAGUAAAUUAACAUAAUAACUCAGAUUAUAUUUAUAUGGAGGAUAUUAGUAUGCAAUGGGAAUAAUGAAAGACUUCUAUUAACUUAAUUUGAAUGCUCAAACAUUUGUAUGGUAAAAAAUUUAAUGCGAUUACGAACCAGGACCCCGUUGUAGACAUUCUAUUUGCAGUUUUGAAGAUAAUAUUUACUUAUUUGGAGGAUAAGUAGCUGAUUCUAUUUCAACAAAUGAAAUAUUUAUUCAUGACGUCAAGCAAUAAUAAUGGAAAAAAAUAGAACUUAAUAAAACUUAUCCAGCACCUAUAGAUAGUCAUUGUGCAAUAUUAUUUGAAGAUUAAUGGAUUAUCUUUGGAGGAUUUUAUGGUAGCAAAUAAUGUAAACACUCAAAUGAUUUAUACAGUUAUAAAUUUAAUGACAAUACUUGGAUAAAAUUGAAUAGAUAAAAAGGAAUGGAACCUGCACCUAGAGAUGGCAGUUCUAUAACUAGUCAUAAUAAAAGUGUAUAUAUAUUUGCAGGCAAAAAUGGAGAUAUGAGGUAUAAUGAUUUAUGGGAAUUUGAUAUGAUAAAAUUAGAAUGGACAUUUAUUUCAAUAAACAGUUUUAAUAAUAUUCCUAUGAGUAGAUCUGGUCAUUCAUUAAUAUCUUAUUAAAAUAAACUGGUUAUUUUUGGAGGUAUUCAUGAUGUAACAUGGGAACUAGAUGAUUUACACUAUUUUAAUUUGGAUAUUUAAGAAUGGAAAACUAUUAAUUUCGAUACUUCAAGAAGAUAGGAACUAGAAUUACCUUCUCCUGUAAAAACAAAUAAAAAUCCAUCUAGACAAAGGAAAAUUAAAAGAUUGCCAAUUUUACUUAGACCUUUGAGUUUAAGAAAAUCCCCAUGCCCUUCACCUAAAAAGCUUCGUCCUGGUUCUUUGUCAGAUUAUUCAUCUUAUUCUAUUAGUGGUCGUAACAAUAUUGCUAGUCCUGAUUUAAGUUAGUAUUAAAGUAAUUAAAAUAAUUCUACUAUUCAUACAACCUUAAAUAAUGUUUAAGAAAGAAAGAGAUGGGAGUAAUUAAAGAAAAAAACAGCUAUGUUAAAAUUAUUUGAAGUUGAAAAUAGAGAAAUUAUGAACUUUUAAGAUGAUUGCAUUGUUGCUGAAAAAUUAAAAACUUCAAUAAUUUUGAUUGGUAAUCCAAAAUAAGAUUUAAAAAUAAAAAAAGGAAUUUUAACAGAGUUUGGAUAAUAAAUCAUAUCAAAGUAUAUAUAAUUUUUCAUACUUAUAAAGAUUUCUUUUACCAAUAACAGGAGGAUAAAAUACUAUUAAUGGUAAGAAACCUUGUGCAAGAGAUGGCCAUUCAGUAGCUGUUUUUCAAAAUUACAUGAUAUUAUUUGGUGGUGAUAGACAUACAAUGUCUUUUAAUGAUUUGUAUUUAUUGAACUUGACUAAAUUUUGA